AUGGAUGCUGCUGAAGAAUCCUUUGUAAAAUCAUUAAAAUUGAACUAUGGUUUUCGUUACGAAAACAGAAAAUUUGUGUCAUCUCGUUCAAUUCUUGAUGGUGGCGAACUAACAUUAGAAAAAUAUACUGGUGAGCCAUUAAUUUAUCAACGGACUCAGGAUGAUACAAAAACGUCUAAAACAGCAUGGGAACUUUUCGAAGAAAAAUUUUCUACUUUUAUCGAAACUCAAAAGAUUCUAGACAAGAAAUCUAAAAUUUCGGAUCAUGAUGUCUUGCUGCUAAUUCCAAUUUUGGAGGUUACAUAUCUUGGCAAACCAGACACUUUUUUUCAAUCAUUCUUAAAAGGAGAAUUUCUUUUUGAAAAAGUAUUGGUCGGAGGUGUCCUAGUUAUAAAAAACGUUUCUGUGCAUCCAGAUGAUUCUUUGAAUCAAUUAAAAGCACGAAUCACAUGGGCAAUUAACGAAUUUCGUUGGGGCCACGAGAAUUUAUUUAAGGAUUCAAAGAUAGAUUCGGGAUUGCUUUCUAUUGAAGACUUUAUCGUAAUUGCUUAUGAAAAAGUGAAGCCUUCUUAUGCUUGUCUAGAUGCAAUGAAGUGGCAAGAAAUUGGUACGGCAGAAUCAUGUCCAGAAUAUUUUGACAAACGCCUUGUACCAGGUAUUUCAGCUUAUCAUAUUGAGAUUAGCAUGAAAGACUGGUUAGGCAGUAAUAAUACAUAUAUGCAAAUUCCAAAUUGGAUCAAACAUUUCAAAUUGGAACAUGUUGUUGAGCAAGCUCAAGAAAAUACUUCUAAAAAUAAAGUUACAGUAUCAGAUGAAAAUCGAUUAAUUCAUCAUCAAUUAUUACAGGUUCUUAUUUCAGCAAAUGUUCCAUUUGCAUUUGUAGAAAAUGAAGAAGAAGUAGAAGCUAACAUUCAAAAUUUUAUUGACGAUUCAAAAUUUUUAACUCUGUCUGAAGAUGGUUGGACAAAUGUUUCUAAACAUAGCUUAGUAAACUUUAUUAUUACAAAUGAGAAAUAUCAAAGUCAAAUUUGGAAAAUUUCAGAUUUUUCAAACCAGUAUCAUACAGGUAUUGCAAUAUUUAAUGCAUACAAAGAGGUUAAAAAAUCAUUAGGUAACAAAUAG